GAUUGAUUACAAACAAACAAACAAACAAAAGCAAACAAACAAAAAACCCUGUGCGAAACCUUUUGACAUUGCUGAAUUAGACAAGCAAGGCCUAUGGUGUUGUCAGGGUUCUUAGUUGCAAGCAACAGAAAGUGGCUGAUUUAAGCAGAAAAAGAAUGUGUGGAAAGGCUGUUGGAGGGCUCGCGGAAUGACCAGGAAGGUAGGACUACAGAGCUGAUGGCCCUGGCAGGCAGAGGGGCGCUGGCUGACUCAGCAGGUGGGGCAUGCAACUCUUGAUCCCAGAGUGGUGAGUUCAAGCCCCACUUUGAGUUGCAGAGCCAACUUAGAAGCCUGCCUGCAUGGACACACACACACACACACAGGGAGGCAUAAUGGAAGGCACAGCGACCACACCACAGUCAGCAUCACAGACAGAACCAGCCCGGGAGGCCGCCGUGUACCACCGCUGAACGUGGUAAACAUGGACGCUGCAACGUGCAUCACUGACACCACCUGCUCUGGACCUUGCCUGGGCUGCCAUCACCACACCUCUACCGUUCUGAAAACCUAGAUGUGGCCACCACCCCCAGGGUGUAGUGUCCAUCGACCUUAGGCGCAACACCAGCUUCUGAUUCAGACAGAGUCCCUCAUGGGUGUCCCGCUGGCUUACUCUUGGCCACGUGCCCAUGCCCUGACUACAAGCAGAGCUGGGAGAACCAACUUUUGGCAUCUGAAGCUUCAAAAAUGGGAGGAUUUUCAGCUUGACUUUGGCAAUUCCCAAGGCAAAACAAGUGAAACUUGGCAUGGAGGUAUAGCCACCAUUUUUCAAAGUCCUGGCGAUGAAGUAUGGGGAGUAGUAUGGAAAAUGAACAAAAGCAAUUUAAGUUCUCUGGAUGAGCAAGAAGGAGUUAAAAGUGGAACAUAUGUCCCAAUAGAAGUUAAUGUUUAUACUCAAGAAGGAAAAGAAAUAACCUGUCGAAGUUAUCAGAUGAAAAAUUAUGAGAGUGCUCCCCCGUCUCCCCAAUAUAAAAAGGUCAUUUGCCUAGGUGCAAAAGAAAAUGGUUUGCCACUGGAGUAUCAAAAGAAGUUAAAUGCAAUAGAACCAAAUGACUACAAAGGAGAAGUCUCAGAAGAAAUUGAAGACAUUAUCAAACAGGGAGAGAAAAGAAACCUCACUAGAACAUAAUAGAAUAUAUCUACAGAUAUUUUCUGUAUGUGCUAAUAUAUUUUUAACGUUUAGAACAGGGAUCUGAGGUAUCUCUGUAUUUAAUAUAUUUUCAAUAGUGCUCUGAAGGGAUAUCUUACUAAGGUGAUUCCUUGUUUUCAGACUAUAAAAAGAAACUAGGUUAGGGAUUAGAUGAUUGAAAAGGGGGCCAUCAGACGCUGGAAUGCAUGACAAAUGGAUGUAGGUACUCCUGGGAACACUUAGUUAUUUUCUGGAUUUGAGUGUAUGCUUGCUCUGUGACAAAGGAGAGAUUUGCAACUUAAUGAUCGUGCUUGUGAAUUGCUCUGCUCUGGGACUUUUUUUAUCAGCUUAAUAAGAGCAAACAAACUGCAGAGACAGCUGAUAAUUUUUUUUUAAUUUAAAAAUGGCAUACUGUUCUUAGAGAAAUAAAUGUAUUUGUGGUUUAACCUGUA